UGUGUGCUGCGAGUAAGACUUGGAAACUGUUGUGGGCAAAAACAUUUCUGCAUAGUUUUCUUUAUGAACAGAAGUGGCCGGGGAAAUGCUGGGGGAGGUAGGCAGGGUAACAGAGGGAUGGGCUACAUACAUCUUAUGAAAUAUAUUUAAAUGAGAGGGAAACAAGUGGCUGUGUUUCUAACUCCUUUUUCUUCAUUGCCUUGUGUGGAGCUGGCACAUAUUUCUUGAGAGAAUACAAAAAUGUCCAGCAGGCAUGCCAUGCUCUCCCUCUUUCAGAUGGUCUCACGAAGGAAAAGGGUAACAGACGAUGGCUGCAGAGAAUCAAACUUGCGCCGCUGCCUUUCCACCAUGGAUUUGGUGGCUCUGGGAGUGGGCAGUACAUUGGGGGCUGGGGUUUAUGUCCUAGCAGGGGAAGUAGCCAAGACCAACUCAGGCCCCAGUAUCAUCAUUUCCUUUCUGAUUGCCGCUGUAGUAUCCAUCUUGGCAGGAUUGUGUUAUGCUGAGUUUGGUGCUCGAGUGCCUCUGACUGGAUCGGCUUAUCUCUACAGCUACAUAACAGUUGGAGAGCUGUGGGCAUUCAUCACUGGCUGGAACCUGUUGCUUUCCUACAUUAUUGGUACUUCCAGUGUAGCUAGAGCCUGGAGUGCGACAUUUGAUCACCUCUUGGGAAAACAAAUGGAGGCCUUUUUCAGCAAGCACAUGGCCAUGAACUCUCCAGGACUGGCUGGAUAUCCUGACAUCUUUGCUGUUUGCCUCAUUGUCAUCCUAGCAGGCCUUCUCUCCAUUGGAGUAAAAGAAUCCACCAGAGUCAAUAAAGUCUUCACAGCUAUUAAUAUAUUGGUCCUCAUAUUCAUAAUAAUCAGUGGAUUAAUCAAAGGAGACCUAAAAAACUGGAGGAUGAAUGAGAAUGAUUUAAGAAUGACAACCAAUAAAAUUAGCAACCAAUCUGGGACUGUCAAUGGCACCUUGACAUUUGGGGUUGGAGGGUUCAUGCCCUAUGGUUUCAGCGGAACCCUGGCUGGAGCUGCCACAUGCUUCUAUGCUUUUGUUGGGUUUGACUGCAUUGCUACUACAGGGGAAGAAGUGAAGAAUCCUCAGAAAUCUGUCCCAAUUGGAAUUGUCCUCUCCUUGCUCAUCUGCUUCCUAGCCUACUUUGGUGUUUCAGCUGCCUUGACCUUAAUGAUGCCAUAUCAUCUUUUGGACCCCAUGAGUCCUCUUCCAAUGGCUUUCGAAUACAUUGGAUGGAGCAUGGCCAAGUAUGCUGUAGCUGUGGGGUCACUCUGUGCUCUAACUACUAGCUUAUUGGGUUCUAUGUUCCCAAUGCCAAGAAUUUUAUUUGCCAUGGCUAGAGAUGGACUCCUCUUCCAACCAUUGGCCAAAGUAAGCAGCCGGCAAAGCCCAAUGGUUGCAACUAUUGUGUCUGGAGCAGUGGCAGCUGUCAUGGCUUUUCUUUUUGACUUGAAGGCCUUGGUUGACAUGAUGUCCAUUGGAACACUGUUGGCUUACACUCUGGUAGCCAUCUGCAUUCUUCUCCUCAGGUACCAACCUGAUCCCAACUCUCCAGAUCCAUCAGAAAUUAAGAAUCCAGGCAUAAUUCUCUGGAUGGAUCUCCUUCUUCAUCCUCGUAUGACCCCAUCCCAACAUUCUUCCAACCUGGUAUCCCAUGCUGUAUUUAUAACUGCUAUUCUGGUGUGCAUCAUGAGUGUGCUAGCCACGAUGGGAUUGCCAUGUUUGAUCUCUGGAGGGCCCUGGUGCAUUGCCUGUAUUUCUCUUCUCUUCCUGGGAAUUUUUAUGGCCCUCUUAAUCAUUUGGAGGCAGCCUCAGAACCAAAAGAAAGCUGAUUUCAUGGUCCCAUGCUUGCCCUUCCUGCCUAUCCUCAGUGUCUUAGUCAACAGCUACCUCAUGGCCCAGCUGAGCAGUGAUACCUGGCUUCGGUACACAGUGUGGAUGAUUAUUGGUUUUGUCAUUUACUUUGGUUAUGGAAUUCGCCACAGUGCAGAGAGACAUGGGAGCAAAGAUCCGUCUUCCCAGGAAACAAAGCACAAAACAGUUGAUACAGAUUCAGCUGUCAAUUGGAAGAAAUGAUUCAGGAGAAGCCACACUCAUGGUGUGGAGCAAUUGACUUUUACCAAUGGAAGGACUUCACAGUGAUGCAAUUCCAUGAUGAUUGUCUGUCCAAGUUUAAUCAGCUAAAGCAAAACAAAUUCUUAGAUGAUAGAUGUUCGAUCAACUAAUGAAACUCAUAUCCCGCAGAUGAAUUUGUUUAGCAUAGAAACUACACAUGAACCAUGAUCCAGAGCAUUCAUAAGUUCAUUCGGUGUCUUUAAACCAAAUAAUGUUUUAAUGGAUUCAGACACUGCCAACCUCUAAUCUGUAAUAUGGAGAUAAUACAUUAUAACAGCAUUGUGGUAAUGAAUAGUGAGUUGUGCAUAAACUUCUUAAAACA